AUGGCCCAGAGCAGAAGAUGGCGUAAAGUCAUGGUUCUGUUGAGCUAUCAGGUUCUGCUCGCACGAGACGCCUCAAGUCAAGAUUCACAUACCACCCCUCGCCCCGCGCAACCACUCUCAGCUUGGCGACAUCAUCGCGACACCACUGAGAGGGCAGACAGUCUUUGCGGCUGCCGCAGGGCCUUCUACAUCACCACUAUUAGCUCCAAGAAACGUGCAAGUCUCUAUCAAGGCGUCAGAGGCGUCAGAAGCAUUGGGCGUCGAACAAGACCCGAUCGAGGGGUUGUCUGGGUUGGCAAGCUGACUGAAUCCGUAAAGACCAUCCUCGAGUCAGAUGGAGCAUCCCGCGAGAAGCUUUGGACGUCUAUCAUGCCUUCUCUUGCCGUAGCAGAUGUGCGUGCUCUACAGAAGAGGCAAGCGUCAACGUCACAAAGCUUCUGCCCUAAGCAAGAACGAACGACUUCGUCCAGAGUCACUUAUACACAAUGUUGUUCUUGCUCGCAAGGAAACUUGAUGUCACUACUGACUUAUCCACCCAUUUUUGAAGCGUUGAAAGUCACGUGUCGUAGUAACCUGAGGCCUCAUGUUGCUGCAAAGGACUACAUGUUCAUCACGUGCCGCUCCUACUCCCAACUGUGUUCGACGACAGCUGCCUAG